AUGCAAACGCUUCUCAGUCAGCCAUGUAAAUCUCUUCUCACUGCUUCUUCUUCUUCCUCGCCGUCGUCGAUUCGUAGCUCCGUUGACGCAAGAGACUGUAUCUAUUUGAGAGCAUCGGAGAAGGUUUUUCAGUUUCAAUUUCGUAGAACCCUAAGCCCCUUUCCGUUUCGUAGUUUCGCUCUCUGUCGCGAUUUUGCUGCUCGCGGAGCUAAUGGGAUCAGAUUCUGCUCACGAGACGGCGUUUCCGAUGCUCACAACGGAGGAAUUUUGGUUGAGAAGGAGGAGGAGGAGGAGCUUGAGCUACGGAACAAGCCCAGUCCUGUACCGAAAUCAGACGAUUCCGAGAACGAGCGUGGGAAAGCAGACGACGACGAGAUUCUGGAGCCGUUUCUGAAAUUCUUCAAUCAAGAGGGAGAAGAAGGCAAAUCCGAAGUUUCCGAGGCGACUAAUAGAGUCGGCGUGGAGUAUUACGACCCAAAACCAGGUGAAUUCGUGGUUGGCGUUGUGGUUUCGGGUAACGAGAACAAGCUCGAUGUGAGUAUCGGCGCGGAUAUGUUGGGGACGAUGCUGACGAAGGAGAUUCUUCCUCUGUACGAUAAGGAAUUGGACUAUCUGCUGUGUGAUUUGAAGUACGACGCCGAGGAGUUUUUGGUGAAUGGCAAAAUGGGGAUUGUGAAGGAUGGUGAAGAAGACGGCGUUGGGAUUGCGGAAUUCGCGCGGCAAGGGAGGCCGGUGGUUGAGAUCGGGACGGUGGUUUUCGCGGAGGUUUUAGGGAGGACGUUGAGUGGGAGACCUCUGCUUUCUUCCAGACGUUACUUCCGGAGAAUCGCUUGGCACCGAGUGAGGCAGAUCAAGCAAAUUGGUGAGCCUAUUGAAGUUAAGAUUACAGAGUGGAAUACAGGAGGGCUUCUCACUAGAAUUGAGGGUUUGAGAGCUUUUAUUCCAAAGCAGGAACUUGUGAAGAAAGUCAAUAGCUUCACCGAGUUGAAGGAAAAUGUGGGUCGUAAGCUCGUUGUGCAGAUCACGAGAUUGAACGAAGAUAAGAACGACUUGAUACUGAGUGAAAAAACAGCUUGGGAGAAGGUGAACCUUAGAGAAGGAACACUCUUGGAAGGAACAGUAGCCAAAAUUUUACCUUAUGGAGCUCAAGUCAAACUUGGAGAUAGUAGUAGAAGUGGACUGCUACACAUUUCAAACAUAACUCGUAGAAGAAUUGGAUCAGUGAGCGAUGUGCUUCAGGUGGACGAAAGGUUAAAGGUUCUCGUUGUGAAAUCUCUAUUCCCAGACAAGAUCUCUCUCAGCAUUGCAGAUCUUGAAAGCGAACCUGGUUUGUUCAUGUUAGACAAAGAGAAAGUGUUUAUGGAAGCUGAAGAGAUGGCGAAGAAAUAUAGAGAAAAGAUGCCUCCGGUGACUACUAGCGAGAUCUCCGAUCGUCCUCCGAUAACAAGUAGUUUCCCUCAGGGCAAGGAUGAAGAAAUCUAUGCUAACUGGGACUGGUUCAAGUUUGAGAGUCGAUGA